AUGACAACUCCUUUAGACCAGAUUGUUAAGGGCGCAGCGCCCGAAGCCCGCGCUCCUACACCAGAACCCAUGACGAGCAACUCUACACAAACUACUUCAUCUACAAACCGACCUUCGACCCCGGACCCCCUGGCAACUCUCCCCUCUUCGCCGCCCCAAAUCUACUUGAACCUAUUGAUCCUUGAAGCAUCCCUGCGCGCACAGUACCUGGCCUUACGUGAGCGACGUCGGCAAAACACCUUCUUUCUGUUACUCCUGGCGGCAUGGAUCGCCUAUUUUGUCUAUGCAUUGUUUCUUCGCCCGCGAGAAGAUGGCCGCGGAGUUGGUGGCUCGGUUUAUUGGGUGGUUGAGAUGGGAGAGAAAGUCGCCCUACUUGGUGGGGUUGUAACUGCUCUGCUUGUUUGGGGAACAGGGCAGUGGGAACGUGGAAUCCGCUGGCCACGGCGCUGGCUCGCUGUUGCCAAUCGUGGCCUGCGCAGCAUGAAUACAAAGAUCAUCGUCAUACGAGGACCAUGGUGGCAGGAACUGUUAUCAUAUGUGUCGUUCCUAUUUCCAUUUUCCCUCCCAUUCUUCCCCUCCCCCUCAGGCAACUUCCAUUUCGUCGAGCGUCAUCCUUCCGAUAAGCGCGGUAGUCGGCAGCAUUAUCAGCAGUAUUACAAUGGUGGGGAUAGUGAGACCGGGCUGGUAGAGGAAGAUCUCAGUUCUGGAGGUGACUAUAUCCGUCUUCUACUGCUGCCUAAGUCUUUUUCACCGGAGUUUCGGGAGAAUUGGGACGACUACCGUACGGAUUUCUGGGAGAAGGAGAAUGAGCGCCGAAUUCAGCUGCGUCAGAAACUGCGCGAGCGCGAGCGCCAACUUGCUCAGUCCGAAGGCGGAUGGCUUUGGCGGCUUGGUUUGGGAUGGCGUGCUUCUCAGCGUCGACGUCUGGUAGCAGCGACUUUGCACCGGUCUUUGGACGGAGAACCGCCGAAACCUCGCCAUCAGCAUCAUUCAUCUAUUUCUUCUCGGCUUAGUCAAGAUCAUAGACCUGUGCGCCGUCCUGAAUCUACCCAUUCUCGUACAUCAUCUUGCAGUCCUACUCCUGAGGAUCGGCCUCCUUCGCGAUCUGGGUCUGGACGGCCCCGCCGUGGAAGUACGACUCCGUCUUUAUCGGGUACUGAGCAGACCCCUCAACAGCGAAAGCGAAAGGGUUCUAGGGCCUCGCGACGUGGUCCAUCGCCCCUAACUCAGGCACAAGUCCGAGAGGGUAUACGGACGCCAUCAUUCUCAUCCGAAGAGUCAGGUAUUUUGCCCAUGACGGAGAGGGAUAAAGAGACUAUACCAACUUCUGUACCUUAA